GAUACCUCCCUUAAGAUAAGGUUCGAACCCAGGAAUUCCAUCUCGAUUCGGAACUCUUCUAUGUCCAAGGCAAGGUCAAUAUGGACAUUUUUGCAGAGGUUUUCCCCUACUUUCUCCGUGUCAACAAGCAAUUCGAAAUACCUCUUUUCAGAACAGGUCCGAGUCAAAUAGCAAUGAUUCGAAGCACUUCUUUUUCCAUUACACCUAUUUCGCUAAGGAUUUCUCAAUGUUGCUCCAAUACCUGAGAAGAAAGCUUGCUUCCAGCUUACAACUGAUCUUUCCUGGCAUGAGAUCCCGAUUUGCAUCACUGUUUCAAUUUCCCUAUACGGUUCCGUUCCCCUUCUUGUCUUGCCUAUGAAUCCGUAGUUCCCUCAGAUAGACAGGCCUGGCCAUCAAUAGAAGCAAUACUAAUCCAUUGUUGAUACUAGGGCGAAUCCAAAUAAUCCCAAAUCCUUGACUUGAGGAUCUACUGGCUCUGGCUAAUCCCAAUCCUGCUUUCAUGCUUUCUUUCUUUCUAGUCUACUUUCCUGCUUGACUGUUACACUCAGUGUAGUCUCUAUUUCCUCUAGAUAGCCUAUUCCUGGCACCUUUUAGGAAGCAAGCUUUCCAAUGACUAGCCGAAAGGAGAGAGAGGUAGGGAUCAUGGAAGCGCGAGCUCCUAUCAUUGGAACCGGAGAAAUGGCUAGAUGAGAACUGGCAUCAAACAACUUGACUUGUCUGUCUCGAUGGAUAAAGCAAAGCCAGGAACCAGGAUAGGGAUAGUACGGAUGCCUUGCCUACUUACUGGAGGAGUGAUGAUAGGAUAUAUAUGGAUGGCCACCCAAACCAUUCAACCUAAGAAUAUUUCCAAGCAAAGAUCUGGUGAAACAGCUGUGAAGGAAUGAAUGGGAUACUAGUACUUAAGGAAGGAGAUAGAGGGUCUAGUAUCGUUCUACUACUGCCUACAGGAAGAAAGCAAAGGGAAAGUCACUACUCCAAAAGCUAAAGAGAAGGUCAGAUCCAAGGACAUGGAUUUGUAGAACGGCUUCCAAUAACCGAUCAUCUAGAUGAGAUUAGACCUGAGUGAGCAGACUUCUCUGUAUAUGAGUCGCCUUCCGAGAUGGUAUUGCCUUGACUCAUUCCUUGAAUUGACAAGAGAAGUAUUUCUAGCCUCUAGUGGCACAUGUUCCUUCCUCACGGAUAUGAGAGACGGUAAGUGCAACUCGAAAGUGUGCUAGCUGUUGUGCUAAUUCUUGCUGAGUAGCUGGUUGAAGCCCAGAAGUGGAGGCGAGCCCAGUUCAAUCGUGAAGUUCCUCCUUUCGUGGCUUGUCGGCAUCAUAAGUAAAUGAGAGAUGAUUUCCGAGUGACUGGUGGAAAGGGAAGAACCCGAGAGGGCAUAUAGAUUUCGAUUCCUCCCCCGGCACUAGUAGAUACGAUAUUUCGAGAUUGCUAGAUAAUCUCACUACGGUUCGAAUCCUCCAGAUUGCGAGUUCCAGAAAAAGAAUUUAUUUUUUGACUAAAACAUCCAAGAAAACGGAAUAAGAACGCGCUUACAACGCCGAUGAAAGGAACCAGAACAAGUGUAUGGCAAAUUUCCUUUAGUAGAUAUUCCAGUGGAUCAAUAAAAAGAAGGUACUCGUCCUGGUGCACCCGUAGGUUUUGCCCUUUCUAGAAUUCAUCUACCGUUGUAGGAAUCCUCAUCCGAUGUACGAAUCCCGUGGAGGAAAGAAGCUGGUAUUUAUCGCCUUGAUCCCGUGGAGGAAGAAUGGAGGCACUUGGCCAUAGCUCACGCUAUGAUCCCGAACCCCAAAAGCCAGAUGUGUGCGACCGAGGCGUGAUAUCACUACGGUUCGAAACUGUUGAGCCCCUUCACCACCCCCUAUACGGAACUCUCCCUCUGACUUCCUUCAAUCCAUCAAGUAUUGCACAUGUGUAGAUUCUCGGGUAAAAAACAGCAUUUUGGCUUAGAAUGACACUUGCUGCUUCCCGGGUUUUGGCAUUGACUCGAGUUAAGUAAGAGCUUACCAUCUUUUUCAGAUGAUAAGUAAAUAAGGCCCGUUCUGACGGUUCGUUAUCCAGUUUCGAAAAAAGGUGCUUACUAGUGUCUCGUCGUUAUCCGGGGGGAGGGUUGUCUCCACUCUAAAGAAUGUGCAUUGAUUUUAUUGCUCUAAAGCUCGCCUAACUUAUUUGACUUGACAAGAACAGUGGAAGAGAAAGAUUCUCAACGUCUAACAGCUGCUUUAGCUUGAAUCGGGUUGCGCUGAGUUGAGUGAGUGGAAAUGAGUUGAAAUAUGGAAGCGAGAACAGCUCCGCCGCUUGAGAAGAGACCCAGAAUUGCUCAUAAAACUCUGUUUCAACAUUUUCUGGGUUUAGAGCACAUUAGAAAUAUGGAGUAGGUAAUCCGCUUGGUUUCCCUGAUUUCUCUAUCUUAGAUCCGCAUACCAUACCCGGUUCAGAUUGGAAAGCCAAGGUAGUGGCGCUGCUCUUUUAAAAAAAGUAGUGCAGGUCCGUUUGUUUCUGUUUGUGGUGUAGACUUAUGGUGGGAUACAGCCUCCGGGAUGGGUGUGCCAGAGUAGAAUGAGAUCUUGAAUAGCUUGCUUCUUACCAUGAGCUUGAAGGGCAGGGAUGCGUUCUCUAGAUGCGAAUAGUUAGAACCCGUUCAUCUAUCUAUCUAACCUUGGUAAUGUGAAUGGGUUAGGGGUGACGGGCAAGCCAAAGCUGGUAAAGAAAAAGAAGUGGGACGUGUUUUUACCUGUCCUCUGGUUAGUGUCUUUCCAGCAUUUAUAGCUUUGUUAGCGGGUGGUUAGUUAGUGUUUGAUUGAGGCCUAAGCUCGUGUAGCAAUGCGGGCUCGCUCAUUCAAUUAAUUAUCAAGUUGGGUUUGCUUUUCAACAAAUAGCUUCAGACUUUAGCUUCUUACUUAUUGUGUGUAGUCCCGUUCUUUGCUUAUUUAUGGUUAUUUGUGUAGUCGAGUCGAGUAGUACGUAUCUUACUUUGUUUUUUGUUUGGUGGUGUAGCAAAUAUAGACUUCAGAGAGUAUAUAUAGAAAGUCUGUCUAUCUAGGAGGCAUAGUUAGAUCGUUUUUCCAAUGCAUGGUAAGUCCAAUGGGCUAUUAUUUUCUUCUUAAAGAAAGGCAAUUACCUAAGUAGAAAUAGCACAAUCCACUCUAUAAGGGCAAUGCGCAUUAAAUUACGUCGGCUGUCAAGGCUUUUUCCGCUUUUUCACUAAAUAGUCCUCCCUUGCUAUUAUUGCCACUCUAUAUAGCAGUUUGUCUGUAGUAUCCCUACGUAGGCUUCUAUCUAUGAUAGCUGUCCUUGCUUUAGUUGGCAAGCAGGCGGGAAAGCUAACUGGUGAACUUGCUGAACAUGCUCAAACUGAUCAUCAUCAAGUUGAACGAGCGGAGUACUUUACUUUACACAAGUAGUGGUUUACCAGGAACUCGUAUAGUAUAAGAGCUAGUCAUAUAAACUAGUAGUAGACGGUUGCUUCGAGGCGCGCCUUCGGCCUUUUAUCGAAUUUCAUCCAUCUUCUCUAUGUCAUACUUGGCCAGUGACUUCCAGAAAGAGAGCGUAUUUCCAGGUCUGAUGGAUGCGAGCUGCAACACUUCCAAGCCGAUUAUGGGUGGCUCGCUACACUGUGAGUUCCACUCUACUCUAAGGGAAGGGUAGAGUAGUUGCUAAGUUUUCCACAUAGGAAAAUGCAAGUGAUUGUACGAGAUCAGUCAACGAGGCAGGCGCGAAGCGGCAAGGCAAGUGAGGAGUCUUGGAUUCUCUAUGAUGGGCAUAUCUCACUGAAAACGAGGCAGAGGCGCGAAGCGAAAUAGUAGGAGUUAUCAGCUAGCACAUUUCCCUUUGCUAUUUCUCUUUUAUCAAGAGAUAUUUGCUCUAUGCUCAGUUUAGAACUCACGUUGUCAAAUCCAAAAGAGUAUGCAAGAAUGUGGCCCCUACCCUAAGAGGAUAAGCGUUCUUUUGUGUUCCUAGCUUGUUGAACACAGCACGAAAUCAGAAGUCUAAGUGAUAGACUGAGCUGGGCUGAGAACAUCUGAAGUAAGCAUGACCACUAGUUACGUGCUACCCAGUGUGCAGUGCUGAAUAGGCCUUAGGGAUGACCCCAUGGGCAUGUACGAAGAAGACUAGUGGGGAACAGCAUGUCACCAAAGGUGCUAGCUGACCGGCACUUGUAUUAUUCAUAUUUUUUAUUCUAUCAAGCCGAUAGCAUAAUCAUUUUCUAACUAAUCAAGUUAUGUGACAUCUACCGAUCCCGUGAUUCCGAAUCAAGAGAUGAUUUGAGCAACUCGUGAGUCAAGUAGUAUAGUAGAUUAGCCCUCGUAAGGCCUCCCACUAGUUAAGUAUCCGUCCUAACGUCAGGAAUAGAGUAAAGGGACGACCUUUUCUCUCCUUUCCAAGUGCUUGCUCUUUCGUUAAGCAUAAACUCAGAUAGGCGUAGAAUUGGUGUCUGUGUGUUUCAUUGGUAUGGUACGUAGACCCGGCCCUGUAUUCAUACGCGAAAGAAAGAGUCGAUGAUCUUCUAGCUCCGCGCAAGAGAAGAUACGAUUGAGGCGCGCAGCGAGAUCCGUGAAAGGCAAAAGCCAGUAGCAAUAAAGUAUUCUACACCGUAUGUAUCGUAUUUGUUGCAUAAAAUCCGUACGUAACCUGAGCCCGUGCCUUAAAAAAAGGGGAAGGAUAACUUCGUUCCUCAUUUCCAUCGUCUUCCGAGAAGCAUCUUCUCUCCGGAUUAUUAAGUUGUUCAACAAGGGCUGAUAUGGCGGAUUGGCUUAAAGAAUAUGGGAUUCUCAGCUCGUGGAUCUGUUCAUUCAUAGCAUAGGGGUAGAUUAAGCUUUAGAACAAGGAUUUGCUCUAUAACCCGGGAAAGGAAGCUUCUACGUGAAGUUAGCGAGACGGGUGGUGCCAUUUAUAGAAAAAGAUUGGCUACAAUAGCACUUUAUGCACUUCACUUUUGGCUAUUCUACAUGGGCAACAACUAGCCUGGGAAAUGGGCUUCAUUCAAGUCUUGGUCUUUUCGGAUUCACUUAUUUACGUGCAUUUUCUUAAGGAAAGAGCCUACCUACUCAAACCUGAUAGAUGGAUGGAAUGAACCUAGCAUAGCGAAUUCAUGAAGUUGAAUAUAAGAAAGAAAGCCUACAAGUAUAGAAAGAAGUGCUAGUAUCCUUCGAUUUCAUUUCUUCGCUUUUAUAGAGCUUUUCCUUUUACCUAAUGCCGGCUACCGACAACUCUUGCUAUCCAAUCCUGACCCAUGACCAACCUGUAAGGUGUUCCCUAGUGAACUGAAUUUCUGGGAACAUAAAUAGAAAAAUGACUGUGCACUCUAAUUUGGUAUAAAAAUAUAUGACAACAUUGUUGAGCUGUCUAUACUCUGACUCUGCAUUCAAAUGGGGGUAAAAAUGCUUGGUGUCCAACCAGAUAUCCACAGAGAAUAGUCAGUAUUAGUUUACCAUUUUUUAAUACAUAUUUCGAAACCAAUUGCAUCUCUGGUAACUCUGAAAUUACUUGAAUCAGUAUUGCUAUGAGAUCCCCUCUCCAGUACUGCAUGUUUCCUUGCCGCUCCAGUUGGUUUACUCCCAGAGACAUGAUUAGUACCACCAGAGCUUGAAUCAAUCAUUCCAUCCCCAACUCCUACAUCAGAAACAACAGGGUCUAUUUCAGUAAGCCUCCACCUAUAAACCAAACCAUGUUCUUUUUCCAGAGACCCCUCCAUUACUACCUCCCCCAGGACAUGUCCAGUUCAAUUACCAUCUAUAUUCAAAGCACCCGUAAAAUCUUGGAGUGGUAUCAAAGUAGGAUCAUCGUUAAUCACUUAUGGAUGCCUACAAACAAUAUGCUAACUAUAUAUAAGACACCAAGGGUUACAAGUAUAGUUACUUUUUUUAGAUGUUAUUCUCAAGUGCAUUGAGUGAAAGCUGUAAUUCACUCCUCCUGGGUCCAUUUACUUUUAAUGAUUUUUCAAUUUCCCCAAAAGAAUAGAUGGAGAUUCAUGCUAAUAAAGAAUAGCUAAGGAAAAGAAAGGAUUGAGGCAAAAGCUCUACAUCCCGUGUAAAGAAGUCAGAAAAUCUUUAUGAGUUUUUAGAAUGGAAGCUUCUGACUUUAGAUUUCUUUAGUCAGGGAGGAGCUUAGAGCCCACAGAAAUUAUAACAAGAAUCCUAUUUAUCAGCAUAAAGCCCCUCACCGAGCCAUGAGGCUGAUCCACUGGAUUCAUUGCAACACCACGAACAAUGGGGCGUCUGCCUAAUCACCGACUUCAAACGAAUUUCCCUCGUGAAUGCAUCGAGGAACUGAGGACAGGACGUUUCCGAUUGGCACGUACUAAACACUUUUCCUGAUCCGGUUUAGGUGGGUGGGUUAAGUGCACUUCCCAAUCGAAGAUUCUCGUCUCGUUUCACUUGCAUUUAGUUGAACAUUUUAAGUAGAGAAGAGGAAGGAGGCAGGGGAGGCAGAUAGGGACAUAACUAGUUGCUAAGCCCAGUCAGUAGCUGGAAAGGAGAAGUGAACUGGUUGAGAGGAAGAGAGUCUUUCGAGGACAACAGCGAAGGAUUUCAAUCAAGAAUUUACAUAGAUAAAGAGUUGAUAGUUGAUGCUAGUGAUGCACAGGGGAAAACGCUACUAUGCUCCAUGAAUUUCGUAUGAGUUAGUUAUUGGCUGGCGGAUCCUCAGCUUUAGCGAGUUCACUCGUAGAAAUGUCCGUUUGAUUGCUCCUCGGGUGCUUCCUUCUUUCAAAUCUAGAUUUCCUAGAAUCAUACCUUCGUCCAUUCUUGGCAAGCCUUCUUCUCUGAUGGUAUAGAUGAAGACACCGGAUCCCCAUCCUUAGCCAAACCUUCAAUUCAAGCUAGGGCAACAAAGGUUUCAUCAGAAAGGGAUGGAUGGCCUCCACUCGGGCUUGACCUACUAGACUAUCGCUCGAGAAAAGGUUGCUAAAGGUCGUUGUAUGCUCUAGUGUGCUAAGUUGCUGAUUGCCUUCCAACUAAUGGGUUGUGGAGUGCUAGGUACUUGAGUAGGCUUGCUUGCCGCUCUUCCGUCUAAGAAGUGCUUUGUAGCCCAACAAGCAACGGCUGCACUGCGGGAAUCCCAGUGAGUAACUACUAAGCAAGAAAACGGAUGCGCCUAACGCGCACCGGCUUUCGCGCUAGCGCUCAAUCCGUUGCUUGUAGGGAAGAGUAGUGCGUUCCCUUAACUUGGCUAAGUUGAACCGGGCGUCUAGUUCUCAGAUGGAAAUAACGGUAGUAAGAGCUAGGCAAGCAAAGCAAUAGAAGGUGGAAAUACUGCACCAAGGAUGAAAAGCUAGCAGUUGACCGAGAUACCUAGUAAGUUAGGUACUAUUAUAUAUAUUAUAUGGUGACCCACAUACAUUUCUUCUUUCAACUCACUCUUUCUUUGCUUUUAUUUAGCAACUACCCUAUCUGCCGAGAGUUGACCGACCCUCUUAUUUCAAAAGUAAGUGAGCCUAUUGCUGUCCCCACUAUGUAAGUGAGCCUAUUGCCCUACUAUCUAUGAAUGUAGAUUUCCUUCUUUCAGUUUACCCCGACUGACUGUAUUUCUAUAGCUAGCUCUUUGGCAGGCUAUUUUCUUUGGAAAAUCAGGUCUUGAGGACGAAAAACACGAUAAAAUGGACUUGCCUACUUUUGCACCGAAGAAACUCAUAAGUAAUCCAAUUUCCGAGGACACGAACGGAAGUAAGCUGUUUUUGGUAUUCGUAUCGGAAUUAGCCAGAAGAAGAAACCAUUUUCACUGCCCUUCAUUCUUUGGCCUGCCUGCCGGGUUAGGGGAGCUCACAAGUCAACUCAGUUAAUCGAGAUGGCUAUGCGAAUGAGAAACUAGAGAAUCACCUCUCCUCACUAGAAGCCCUAAAGCUGCAGGGAAAGUUCGGAUUUAAGAGUUAGUUGGGUUCAAAAGAUAGCUCCUCAACACAACUGAAGAAAGCAAAGAAAGAACCGCGAAAGUCAAGGAUGGAAACUCCCUACUAAGCAAUUGAAGCUAGCCAGGUGGAAAAUAAAGUACAAGUAGGAGUGGCGGGUUUAGUGGAAAAGAGGGAGAUCCGGACUCACUUCUACCAAUCGAAGAUUAUCGUAUUGUAAUUCAAGGCAAAUGAUAGUCAGAAAAUCUACUCAAAAUGCAGAAGUUAGGCUUCUUCCGGUUCUAGAGUAGUGGCUUCAAGCUCCAGUCUUAGUUUGACUAGAGAUCAAAUCGAAAAAGGCUCCCCGUGGACUCUACGCAGGACUUUUUUCUAAGCCUUACAUAAUUUGAAUUUCUCUUGCAUUUUAUUUUGACUUUAGCUCAUCAUGUCUCGUUUGGAAGUGAUCUGUUCUAAAUUAUUGGGUAAGUUCUUAUUGGGUUUUCAUUUUCAUGACUUACCUAAAGAUAUCCUUUUCUUCCUCAUUCUGAUUUUGGUUUUCGUAUCACGGAUGUUGGUUCGCGCUUUAUGGCCGCGUUGCCCAGUUUGGGCUGCUCGCGUUUUCACUCUGUUGAGUGUAACAACAGCACUUUUUUAUUAUUCUUCUUUGAUGACCACAGCGGAAUGGGUAACGAACCUGAUCAGAAUGCGGGGGGGAUCCGCUGCGGGCAACCCCGAUGGAACCUCUAGCCCGUCCUCGUCGUUUUUCCAGGGGCUUUCUCGGGAGAUACCCGGGGCACCUGUGGAACCUGGGCAAGAGGUGCAGCAGCCGGAAAUGGCUUUAGCGGCGCCUAAUCCAUCGAUUCAGCCAACUGAUCGGGGAGAGCAGAGCCGUCGAGUGCUCCGCUUGGGCCGGACCAGCCAGAGGACAGCAGUGCACCUUCAAGGCCGCUUACCGAGCAAGAUAUCAGGACUAUGGAACAGUUAUUCGAUAUUGAAGAAGAAUUGAAACCAAUCAUUAUUGGUUUUUACAAUGAAUUGGGGUCGAAGAAAGUGGGCGAGUUGCGCCCACUUGGUGGAUGAUUUAACUGAGCGCCACGGGGCGGAAAAGAUGCCCGAAAUCUUACAAAGUUUUAGGGACCCUAUUUCGCUUAAAUUUAUAAGGAUUUCCGGGACCUCCGGGCUUCUAAAGGGACGGAAGCUAAUCUCGAGAGAGAGGAGAUGGGAAUGAGACACCUCAGAGGUCCUAGACGGAGAUAGGACUUGAAGGCGGAAAGUAUGGAAAAACAUCUUGUAAUGUAUUUAACCAGAAAACGCCUUUCGUUUUCCCUCCUUCCCUAGCCGCCUUCCUUAACAAGCCCUCGAGCCGUACAUUUUAGAAGAGGCGGUUCGUUCCUAUCUGGACAAAGGAAUGGAUAAUCUUUCUAUUCUCCGGGCAGCUUAUCAAGAUCUGCGGGAGAAUGGGGAAGGAUCCAUCUUCUUUUUGGAGGUGGUUUCGCACAACCAGGAUUACCUGGAUGCACAGACCACUUCCAGGAGGUGCCAUGAAUUGGCGCAAAGGAUCCGAUGGGAUGGAAUCGCCCGCAGCCGUGCUCAGCUCGAAAGGGCUGAGUAUGAGCAUGCGCUACUAUUGUUUCAAUAUGAAGAUCUCAAAAGGGGGCGGGGGCAUAUUUAAGCAUUCCUAUUUUAGUUUAGCGGCAAGCGCCUUUAUGUGACCUAACAGGACUUUUGAAUUAACUCAGUGAUUUUGCAGGCAGACGGAGGAGAGGAAAUGAAAGCAGAAGAAGUUAUCGAAACACAUGUUCAAUCUUUUUUUAGCGGUUUCCCCAGAGAUCUUUCUCAUUAACGCAACCUUCAUUUUGCUCAUUCAUGGAGUUGUAUUUAGUACCUCUAAGAAAGAUGAUUAUCCACCGUUAGUUAGUAAUGUGGGUUGGCUUGGAUUACUUAGUGUUGCGCGCCUAGGAGGGCAGCGCGCUUGGGAUGCGGAGGAGCUAUUAUCGCCCAGCUCCCUAACCUAAUGCGGCCGGACCGCAGGGAACCUUAGCAUGGGGGGACGUCCUAAUCCUUUUGCCGCCGCAAGGCUGGCUAAUCGUACGCAGCAGGAGCAAGGGAACUCCCCUGGUUCAGGAAGGCACAUGAGUCCGAACGCUAUUAUGAAUGUGCGACCGACACUACACUACGUAGGUACCUGUGCAUGCAGGUGAGGCGUCGGUCGGUCCUAAAAACGGCGGCAGCUAGCGAGGAGUUAACGACCGGACGUGCUGCAACCUAGGGAUCACCAGGCAGCUCUUUCGCUCUAUAGGGAUAUCGGGGGGGGGCAUAGCACAAUUCUUCUUGGAGGAGGGUUGGUUUGCCCAGGUGACUGAUCCUGCCAUAAUAUACUCCCGCCAAUUCUAUUGCACCGGCAACCGAAGUCGAACAUACAUACGACGAUCUUCAUGCGUGAAGGGACGGGAGGAAAGAAAGGGCGGUAGAUGAUAAUGCGAAAGGGCGCCGCGUCUGGGCGGGCGGGCUUGAUAGUAAAGCCAAAGAAAGACGCCCCAAGACAAGGUACAACUGUUGGGAAGGGGACAUGAUCAAUAGAACCCGGCUGGAUCCGGGCUGGGAUAGUGGCGCCCAUUCCUAACCAGUUCAUAAAAGGUUCGCUCAUGCUGGAGGUACUAACCACUUAGUGAUCGGUCCGCUAGUUCACGCAAAUCCGAAGAAGUUAUCACGGACGAGCCACAUGCAGGGAAACUUGCACGUGUGGUUCUGGCCGGGCUUUCCUUCGGUAUCUAAUAACCUUGCUUCUGCUCGCCGCUGGCGCACCUCUCCUAACUAUUGCCCAUUUAUUCUGGAAUAAUUUUUUUAGGAGGGACAAUUUUACAUAUUUCUGCCAAAUCCUUCUAUUAUUAAGUACGGCUGGUACCAUUUCGAUGUGUUUCGAUUCUUUCGAAAAAGAGAGGUUUGAUGCUUUUGAAUUCAUUGUAUUAAUUCCACUUCCUACUCGCAGUAUGCUCUUAAUGAUCCCGGCUCAUGAUUUAAUUGCCAUGUAUUUAGCUAUUGAGCUUCAAAGUUUAUGUUUUUAUGUGAUCGCAGCAUCAAAAAGAAAGUCUGAAUUUUCCACGGAAGCCGGCUCAAAAUAUUUGAUCUUAGGUGCAUUUCCCUCUGGAAUAUUAUUGUUCGGGUGCGACCGGACUACUACCGAUCAAUUUUUGGAAACUUCUUUAUAGACUUGUAGAGACCCUCUAUGUAGUUGUAAUUCUUGGGCAAUCGAUCUACUUUCCCCAUAGCCCUAAGGCUGUGUCUCGAUCUCCUACGUGCGAAAGAUAAGAUACGGGAGACGGGGUCCUAUGGUAUGGGUCUUCGACCCUUGGUCUAAUUCCACGACGGAGAGUCGGCGUGGCGUAAAGUGAAGAUUGGGGGGAAUAGAGCGAAAUCCCCGUCUGGGGUAUUCCGAAGGUGUAACCUAGGCAACGAAAAAGGGGCCCGAUACUUCAACUAAAGGAGCGACCUGUUGGUUCACCAAACCCCGACCCAGUGUCACACGUUCUCCAGGUCCGAAGGGAUCCAGUGCCCAACUACCGACUCCUCCCGGAAUUGCGUUAUCGGAGCCGAGCCAGGAAUAGCCGUUAGUGGACACCUACCACUUUUCACCGGUUAGAGAGGCCCUCUUUAAUACAUUAAGAAAAUAUGUUCACAGGGGCCAGAAAGACUCGGUCAUAGGAACUUCAACCACCUACGCGCUGGUAAACGAAAACCACCUCGACCGGAUCUACCGAACGAAGAAGGCCGCCCGAAUUAACACGCCAAAAGGGCCACCAGCUUUCCCCAAAAAAAGGGGAGAUCCGCUGCUUACUGCUCACGGAAACAUCCGACCUUAUCGUCAAGUCGUCUGCCUAUCUUUCUGAUCUCAUUCGUUUUCCGAUCGCAUAAAAAGAUCAAAAAAGAAAUGUGAGAAUGUAGUUACAGAUGUGAAAAAAGUAAAUAUCUCUCUGUCUGUGUUCUUAAAUCAUUCAUUGGAUGAUGUGCGUUUCAUCAAGUAUGAACUUCUUUCUUUUUUUUCUAUGCAAUUUAAGUACCGGAUCGACAUCCAUUUAUUUCAGUGCCCUCAUCCGCUCCGCGUGUAUGUCUGUGUGGCUCUGGAAGGCCUUACUUUACUAAUACUAACAGGUAGGGCGCGUUACUUUUUUUCUUUUUUUUCGCAUGUUUAGAUUAUUUACUUGCCCUUUCACUUUUUCUUCGGCUGUCACCAACUUUGUUCAAUGCUAGUCCCUAACCCAUGAAUAAGGGCUCCGCUGGCUACCGGGUUCAGAGAAGUUUGUAAGCUCUUUCUCUUUUUUUGUUUUUCGCCACCUCCUCCGUUUAAGGUCUUUAAUUCGAUUCGGCAUUAGCUUCGUUAGAGAAAGCCAUGCGUGAACUACAAAGCACGGGAUCCUGAACACCACGAAAGAAAGCGUACUACUUUUCAAUAAGGUCCGACUUACUUUUCAGAGAGGAGAGACAUGAACUUGUUUUAGGCGUAGAAAAGGUAUGAAAGAUUUCUUGAAAAGAGGUAGGGACUGGUCUCGCUGCUAAGGGAGAAGGAGACCUCUGUCGGAGCAAGCUAAAGAACCCACUUUAGAUCGUCGAUUUCAGGUAAGGCACUCGAUCAAGCCUAUACAUCCGGGAAUUUCGCUCCAAACCAAAGACGACUUGCUUUGCUGCAUUUCUGGCUUUACUUUAUUUUUUUUUGCGAAAGAAAGGCCAUAUGAUCUACUUUCUGGUGCCGGUCCCUUCACAAAGAUAGCCCCUUCUUGCUCUUAUUCUUAUUCGGUGGAAUACAAUAGUUCUGAAGCUCCUUUCUUUCAAGUGAAAGUUGCCUAUCUUUGCUUUGGAAUCCAAUCCAGUUGAAAACAAACAAUUGCCCGAUGGAAAAGUCAGAUGAAAGGCAAGGAGUGUAAACCACGUACGAGCGAGCGCAGAAAGCGAAAUGUUUUGCAGCGAGUCAAGCGUAAUACGAUCAAAAGGAAAUGGGGUCAAUGCUAAAACUCAAACAGUUCCGCAGAGGGUUGAAAGAGCGAGCUACAUUCUUUCAUAGAAGACAGAAAAAAAGAGGACUGAUGCUUUCUUACUUCAUCUUAAUAUAGGGAUGCUUUAUGUAGCUUCCAAUAAAUAGGAAACAAGAUGACCCAUGGGGCACUCAGUGACGUAUCUAAACCGUCUAUCCAGUACUGGCUUUUCACACUCGGGAAUAGAAACUGUCGGCACUUGAAGAUGAACGAAGCGAAAUUACCCCCCCAAAAAGCCCUUAGACCCACCUUGGUGGGGACUGACUGCUCUCCCCUACGAAAGUAGCAUCGCGAUGCAGAGAUCAACAACACAUAUUCGCAUACCAUGCUUAUCUAUUGAUGUCGCAGAUCAGCGGCAACUCCCAUACUAAGUAUGAUGUCGCAUAUCGGUUGUCUAACUAGAAGGGUGGAACCUUUUCUUUUUAACUAGUCUUAAAGUGGAUGUCGCAGCCUUGAGUUCUUUUUAUUGAAUUCGCGAGAUUGAAAAUUAGGAUUGAAUGAAUAACCUGGAGAUAUAUUCCUUUUCUCAAAUAGUUCUUUAAGGGGCCUCUCUCUAUCCUUGGCUUAUUCAAUAGAGCUUUCCUUCUUUUCAUUAUUCGAUACUGCUGUGAGAUACUACGAGAGCUCGUAGGCAAUAUGAGAUAGAGCUGACUAAGAGAAAGAAGUAAGCGGAUCUUGCAGCUGUUUUCAUUCCUUUAUUUAGGUCUUGAACCUAUUAAGUAUAAGUAGAAGAUCAAGCACUGAUCUGAUGGAUCAAAUGCUUUCACUACUCGAUCAAGGGCUUCCCAAAAGGCCUAUUUACUAACUUCUCUUCGUUCCAGAUUUCCGAAUCGUUUUUUUAGUCAUGUUAGCACCACGCUUCGCUUUCCGAUAUCUGGUAUUAUGGCUUUGCGCAGACUGACCACUACCUGUAUCGGCGACUCAAUGUGAGUGUGUCGGUCACAGCCCAAUCGAGGGCAUACUUUCUAAUCUUUCUUUCGGCCAUUCAUCUUGCACUGCGUAUUUGGAUCCGAUCCCUCCCUUAUUUUAGCCAACAUCCUAUUAAGAUUAAGAUCUGCAAUUUGCAAAUAUGAGAAAAGUGGACGCUGUACUUGUCUGAAAGCGGAAACUAAGAUGAAGAGCUUAUUCUCAUUACUGGCUUGCUGUCCUUACUUUACUUUACUUAACAUAACUUUACUUAACAUACGCGUUUUCGUUAUGGACAAGCUCUCCUUCUGUGCGCAUCGAUCGACCGACGUAGGGAUUUGCAUGGGGCGUUGCGCGUCGCGUCGGAGAUUGUCAGACAAUAAACGUUUCAAUGGGUGUAGGUACAGGGGGAGGGGGUGUGGCGUACGCCACUUACUUUCUGGUGUGCAGGAUGCACUUCCCACAUGAUUGUACAGUAGGCGUUGGAGCCCUCAUCUGUAGGUACAUGGAGGUGAUCGCAUAUGCGGAGCAGCUUCCUUCGAGAUGCCUUUGACCCGGGACCUACGCACGAGAGCGUUAACAUCAAGGACGGAAGGAUUCCCAUGCAUGAUGCGUACAACUCUAAUCGCGAAGCGAAGUAAAAAAAACAAACCGAUGAAAGGAGAGAAUGCGGGAGACAGAAUGAUGUCGGGCCAGCACAAGAAGUCAGACUAAACAACCCAUUCGACGCGUCGGGGGUACUCGACCACCGGGAGAUAGGGAUUUAGUGACUUACCAACCAACCAGACAUUGAGGGCAAGACAUACCAUACAAAUCACGGCUUCGGCUGCUGUAGUCCUCUAGCCGAGCCAAGCCACUACUAGCGUGUGUGUAAUUCAUGGCAGUUCACUAUUUUUUUUGUUAUGGAGCUAUUCUCUUUCUUUUAUUUUUAUAUAGUAUAGAGAGCGGUAAGUUAGUGCUGUUCUAAGGAUAAGGAAAAGGAAAAGGAAGUGGUAGCUGUUCCAGUACACAAAGAAGGGAGAUUUGUGUAACCCGAGCUCUUUGAUCAAGACGGUGUGGCCAAAGUCAAUCCUUUGAGAAAAAAGUCAUUUAUUUUCGUUGGCUAUAGUGAUCAGCACAAGGGGUACUGCUGUUAUGAUCCCCGCACGUCUCAAGACAUGUCACAUUUGAUGAAACACGAUUUGCCUCGCUACCCCAUGCGCCUCUUCUCGGGGAGAGAUACACACACGCGCGAUGACUGCUUUGCCACCGCCCACUCUAUGUGCUCCGAUUAGCGUUCCGACGCCUGGCAUGGCAGUGCACACGGCUCAGAUUCGGUUGACCACGCUCACAUCCGCUUCAGACAUAAAGGACCAUUGAGGUCCGGCCCUAUCGUACUGGAAGUCCCAUGCUUUUCGUUUUUCUUCUCGUGCGUUAGGAUUGAAACCUAAGCUAAUUAAGCUACUAUCUCUGGCUCUGGAGAAUGGUAUCCGUUCAUUUCUGCCUGUCCAUAAGCGUAUAUAGGAUGAAGUCUAAACGAAUCAACGAAAAUUACGGUUAAGGCAUUUGAGAAUAUUAGCAUUGGGCACUCUAACUCGAAGGAAGAAGCCGAAGCCAGUCCAGUAGCUCGAACUCUGACUAUCUACGAAAAAGAUGGCAUUCUCCCUUAAUCUGCCUUGUUUUGAGAAGCGGGGAGGUAGUUUUGUCAAGCUCGUUAAACGCAACGACAGUCAAGGCUAGGAAGAUUUCCCAGGCCAGCCAACAAAGUGGGAUAUUCUUUGGAAGAAAGCCUGUAUUGUUUGACAAGAUCUUUAGGUCGGUCUCAACACGUUGGCAUCUUCUAUUCCUGACUCAUUGGGGAUAUUAUGCCUUUUGCUUGUCAGAAGUAGACCGACGAUACGGACUAAAGUAAGUCAGAUCUCCAAAUAUUUCAUCAUACUCAGUCCUGAAAGAACAAGCAAGGGAUGAGCGCACGCUGGUAGUAGAAGGAAGCGGAGAUGGAGGCAGCUAGGCAUCAGUUUGAGUUCGAGAUCGAGACCAGCUUCAGCCACUAUUGCUAGGACGGGCUUACUUAGACUGAGAACAGAGAUUCUUUUCUCUGCUAUGCUACUUUCCUCUUUCUUCCCUGAGGGCAUUCCUUUCCUGAACAUAGAGCCAAACAGUCUUGCCCGGAACCCCCGAUUCCUUCCCUUCUUGAAGAAAACGAUACCGAGAAGGCAAUAGCACUU